GCACGGGGCGGGUAGGUUGCGCGGUACUAGCGGUGCCAGCUGGAGAGGGGGGAGGAGGCGGAGGAGCGAGCCGUGCGGCCAGAGCGGGAAAGAGACUCCGCCGUGCGUCCGAGUUCUGGAGCCGCCGCGCCCGCCCCGGCUCCGGGGACUGCAGCGGGAGCCGUGCGGGGCCGGGCGUCCGCUGCCUCCCGCGUCCCCUCGGAGAAGUCUGCGGGAUCCGACCGGGAGAAGAUGGAGGAGGAGAGCGGCAGCGGCGGCGCCGCGGGGACCGGCGGGGACGGCGGCGCCGCGGGAGAGCGGCUCCUCACUGUCAAGCACGAGCUGCGGACGGCAAAUUUAACAGGACAUGCAGAGAAGGUGGGGAUUGAAAAUUUUGAGCUCCUGAAAGUCCUAGGAACUGGAGCAUAUGGAAAAGUAUUUCUAGUUCGUAAAAUAAGUGGUCAUGAUGCUGGAAAGCUGUAUGCCAUGAAGGUUUUGAAAAAGGCAACAAUAGUUCAAAAGGCCAAAACCACAGAGCACACGCGGACGGAGCGACAGGUCCUGGAGCACAUCAGGCAGUCGCCGUUUUUGGUGACGUUGCACUAUGCCUUCCAGACAGAAACCAAACUUCAUCUCAUUUUAGAUUAUAUAAAUGGUGGAGAACUUUUUACUCAUCUUUCUCAAAGAGAGCGUUUCAAAGAGCACGAGGUGCAGAUCUAUAUUGGAGAGAUUGUGCUCGCCCUCGAACAUCUCCACAAGUUGGGGAUUAUAUACCGUGACAUCAAGCUUGAGAAUAUUCUGCUUGAUUCUAAUGGCCAUGUGGUGCUGACAGAUUUUGGCCUGAGUAAGGAGUUUGUGGCUGAUGAAGCUGAAAGAGCAUAUUCGUUUUGUGGCACUAUUGAAUACAUGGCACCAGAUAUCAUCAGAGGAGGAGAUUCGGGACAUGACAAGGCAGUUGACUGGUGGAGUUUAGGUGUCCUGAUGUAUGAACUACUAACUGGAGCGUCUCCUUUCACUGUGGAUGGGGAGAAGAAUUCCCAAGCUGAGAUAUCUAGGAGAAUAUUAAAAAGUGAGCCUCCGUACCCCCAAGAUAUGAGUGCUUUAGCUAAAGACCUGAUUCAGCGUCUUCUGAUGAAAGAUCCUAAGAAAAGAUUGGGAUGUGGUCCGCGUGAUGCAGAUGAAAUCAAAGAGCAUCUCUUUUUUCAGAAAAUAAAUUGGGAUGAUUUAGCUGCCAAAAAAGUGCCUGCACCAUUUAAGCCAGUCAUCCGAGAUGAAUUAGAUGUGAGUAACUUUGCUGAAGAGUUCACAGAAAUGGAUCCCACCUACUCCCCAGCAGCGCUGCCCCAGAACUCCGAGAGGCUGUUUCAGGGCUAUUCCUUCGUUGCUCCUUCUAUUCUCUUCAAGCCCAACGCAGCUGUUGUAGAUCCUCUUCAGUGUCACACAGGAGUGGAACGUCCUGGGGCGACAAAUGUUGCCAGGAGUGCAAUGAUCAAGGACUCUCCAUUCUAUCAGCACUAUGACCUAGAUCUGAAAGACAAGCCACUGGGAGAAGGAAGUUUUUCAAUUUGUCGAAAGUGCAUACACAAAAAAAGUAACCAAGCAUUUGCAGUCAAAAUAAUCAGCAAAAGGAUGGAAGCCAAUACUCAGAAAGAAAUAACAGCACUGAAGCUCUGUGAAGGACACCCCAAUAUCGUGAAAUUGCACGAAGUUUUUCAUGAUCAGCUUCACACUUUUCUAGUUAUGGAACUUCUGAACGGGGGAGAGCUGUUUGAACGCAUUAAGAAAAAGAAGCACUUCAGUGAGACCGAAGCCAGCUACAUCAUGCGGAAGCUGGUUUCAGCUGUGAGCCACAUGCAUGACGUCGGAGUGGUGCACAGAGACCUGAAGCCUGAGAAUUUACUGUUCACUGAUGAAAAUGACAACUUGGAAAUUAAAAUAAUUGACUUCGGGUUUGCGCGCUUAAAGCCACCUGACAAUCAGCCUCUCAAGACCCCGUGCUUCACCCUCCACUACGCUGCCCCGGAGCUCUUGAACCAGAACGGCUACGACGAGUCCUGCGACCUCUGGAGCCUGGGAGUCAUUCUGUAUACAAUGUUGUCUGGGCAAGUUCCAUUCCAAUCUCAUGACAAAAGUUUGACAUGCACCAGUGCAGUGGAAAUCAUGAAGAAAAUCAAAACAGGAGAUUUCUCCUUUGAAGGAGAAGCCUGGAAGAAUGUAUCCCAAGAGGCUAAAGAUUUGAUCCAAGGACUUCUCACAGUUGAUCCAAAUAAAAGGCUUAAAAUGUCUGGCCUGAGAUACAAUGAAUGGCUCCAAGACGGCAGUCAGCUGUCCUCCAACCCUCUGAUGACUCCCGACAUCCUGGGGUCUUCAGGAGCCGCCGUGCACACCUGCGUGAAGGCCACCUUCCACGCCUUUAACAAGUACAAGAGAGAGGGGUUUUGCCUUCAGAAUGUCGACAAGGCCCCCCUGGCUAAGAGAAGGAAGAUGAAAAAGACCAGCACCAGCACGGAGACGCGCAGCAGCUCCAGCGAGAGCUCCCAUUCUUCGUCCUCUCACUCCCACGGCAAAACCACCCCCACAAAGGCACUGCAGCCCAGCAACCCUGCCGACAGCAACACCCCCGAGCCCCUCUUCCAGUUCUCGGACUGAAUGGCACAGGAACGGGAGGGCUGUGACCCGGGAGCCUGGCACUUUUGCUCCCUCGGCAAUGCCUGAGGUGACGUUUCGUCAAAGUCAAAGCUUGUCUACUUUAAGGAAAUAAAAUAUCCUGAAUGAGCCAAAAAAACAAAACCACCAACCAAACAGAAAAACAAGCCCCGCUGGUCUCAUUGGAAUCUGCCUCUUGGGGAAUUUUUUCAGGAAAACCCACUGGUUAUCCUUGUCCUAAAGCACUGGACAGAGAAUGUGACUGUGAACGAAGCACAGGUUACACAGUUUAGUGACCUGCCUGGUGCCAGCAGGACGGUUCUGGAAGGAGCAGAGGCCCCUGUGAAUGCGAUCAGGGGCCGGCCAGAUUCGAACUGCUCGCAGAGUAGACACUGGCCUUUCAGCGGUCCGCCGGCAAGUUACUCCUACUGUGGCGACACCUUCUGCUUCGCCUUGUGGAUAAUGUGGGCUUUUAAGAGAUUUGCACCCUUUCAACAGGGAUUUAUCAGAGAAAAAAUGUCUGUUCUAAAAAAGAUUCUGUAAUGACUUUUAUGUGUGGCAUAUACUUAUUUCUGAGCGAGGAUUUUAACUUAUUGUUUUUAUUUUAUGGUUACAUAUGAUGAUAACCUUCUAUUAAUCUUUUUCAAAAGGUAAAAGAAAAGCUAUAAGGACUCAUGGCCCCAGGCUCUGUCUUUGGGGCCCAUCUGAGUGCAUGCUCAGCUCUUUGCACUGCUCUGUCCUGGCAGUUUGUUCAAUGGUAUUGCGAGCCAUUAAGGUACAUGUCUCUGUUUUAGGUAACAUUGCACUUUAUAAAAGAAUAUGAAUAAAGCAAACUAUUUUAUGAAGUGCACUGGUUAAAGCGUAUGUACUGUAUUUUUGCCAUUUUUUUUUUUUGUUAUCUACUUUAAAUUUGUCCUCACACCCCCUUCUACCUUGUUUGCAACAAGUAGCAUGAGCCGUGUGGCAUAACGUCACCAUCAGCCACGCGGGCACCGACGUGAGGAAAAGCUAAAGGGAAAUUCUGUUCAACACUGUGCUUUAUAUUUGUACACUGUGUUGUCUACAGUGAGGCAUUUCCUCCUGUGGCUGGAUAUCAUGUACAUAAUAUUUUAAAAUCAUAACUAUGACUUAUUUGGAAAUUUUCCUGUUAAAUUUUGAAUCCAGAAAGCAUAUUUUAUAAACUUAUGCAGAGCACUUUUAUUGCUCAAAAGUUCUGAAUUCAUACACAAAACAUGCGCUUUGUGAUGAAAACGUUUUACUGAGAGAUUGCUGCAUUUACAGAUACGAUUAAUUCACUUCCUAUGCAAAAAAAGAAGUGGUAGAAUUUGUAUGUUCUGUUUUCUUUUAAAGCUAUCACACGAAAUGUUAGGACUGAGAAAGGUGAUCUUGGCCAUGUUUACAGGAAUCAUGCUUAAAAGAUAAAUCCCAAUACAUUUCUUUUCGUUUUUGUUAAUGAUAACCUCUGGAGCAUUAGUUUGGAAUUUGGGUGUGAUAUUUAUUUAUUCAUUUAUUGAGAUAAUGCAGCAUUAAUUUCAGCCAAUUAUGAAUACUAAAAAUAUUGCACUCUAUGUAACAGUAGUAUAUUUAUUGCUAAAUCAAUGUAUAUAUUAUUAGCACAAGCAAGAAAAAUGGCAAAUAUUAAAAUAUUUUCAAAAUAUU